AUGCGACGAAGCGCCUCGAUACUCCUCCCGCUGUUCCUUACGCUCUCCCGCCUUGCAGAUGCCCGCUUCGGCAGUGACAAGAUCCUCAUCUCGAGCGUCAAAUCGCUGACCCUGCGGAACGACCAGGUCACCACCGGCCGCCGCCUGGAUCCCAUUCCGCAGCUGAAAUGUGUUGGUGGGGAUGCGAAGGGCCUCUACGAAAUCGACGUAAUGCGCUGCAAGAACAUGGGCAGCGACUACGGCGACGAGGACAUCUCGUGGAGCUGUACGGCGGACGUGCCGAAGUACUUUAAGCUGGGGAGUACGGACGUGCUCUGUGAGGGCUACGCGAACGCUGAUGAUCGGCAUAUUCUCAAAGGGUCGUGUGGUGCCGAGUACCGUCUGAUCCUCACGGACGAAGGGCUGGAGAAGUACGGCGGGGCGUUCUUGUCGUUCAGCAACACGAACCGCAAGCCUACGGGCGGCGACAUCUGGUCGUUCAUCUUCAUGCUCAUCUUCCUUGGCAUGCUGGGGACAAUCUUCUACAGUGCGUGGACGGCGGCGAAUGCGCCGGCGGGAGCCCGGCGCCCCGCACAGCGCUUCGACAAUGGUGGGAGUCCGUGGUUCGGCGGCGGUGGUGGCGGCGAUGAUCCCCCGCCCCCCUACGAUCCGCGCCCGCCAGGGUUCAAGUCCACGUCUGCGAGCAAUACGCCAGGCUGGAGGCCCGGCUUCUGGAGCGGCAUGGCGGCGGGCGCCGCGGGGACGUAUAUUGCGGGCAGAGGAGGGAGGGGCGAGAGGGAGAGGGAGCCGGCGUAUGGUGGGUAUAGGGCCAACCGCCCGGUGUUUGGUGGGAGCGGCGGGGAGUCCAGUUCGGCCGGCGCGGUGAGACAUGAAACCACCGGGUUUGGACAGACGAGGCGGCGGUGA